AUUCCUUGCAUUGCAGAGUUUCUCUAAUAUUUCCCCUUCCUUAGAGAAAAACUGCACAACAGAAAGCAUCAAAUAAAUAAAUAAUCUUUAAAAAUGGCACGUGCAAGCCGUGUUGUGGUUCUUGCCCUGGUGAUGUUCGCCAUGAUUGGGUUGGCCUGUGCUGCACCCGCACCAGAGGCCUCUGACGAUGACUAUGAAGGCGAUGAUUACUCCAUCGGAGCCCUGACCAGCGGCGCGGCUUCUUCACCCAACGGUGUCGCCGCUGCACCCAUUGGUGGACCCGUGCCUCCCGGUGCUUUCGACAAUGCUAAGGGUGGUUUAGCUCCCAGCGCCGCCUCUUCCUCCCUCGCUCACUUCUCCACCGUCGCCGGAGCUGCCUCUGCUGCUCUUGCCGGCUUCUUCUACUUCUGAGUUUCAGAAUAUAUGCAUGCAAAUAUACACAAGAAUUAAUAUUACAAUGUUAUUCCACAUCUUGAGUACCCAUAUCCACUGAACUGAUGUCAAAUUAUUUCAGUUUAUAAAUUAAAAUUUUUUAAUUUAAA